GCUUUACCGGCACGUCUGGCGGUGGUGCGCCUAACAAAAACAUUUUCCCACAAGGAAUACAAAAAAAGAGAUGCGCAAUCAUCUUCAACUUGAUCCUUGAAAGUUAAACGAUCGAAUACGCUUUCGGGAAAUUUUACCAUUUCCAUUUGUGCCAAAGAGUGAAUAUUCGAGGUCUCCAAGAAAAGAAAAGAAGAAUAAUUACCAAACCAAGCUGACCUCGGAAGUGAGUGUGAAUUAGCAGGGGGAAAAAUUGCUGUGGUCCAUGAAAAUCGGCGUAUGAAAAAGAUUUUCAUAUUCCGUCAGUGUAAAGGUGAAACGUUUUUCCGGUGUCAUUGCACAGGAGGUGAAAACACGAAAAAUAUCUCUCGAGAAUUCAAGUGAUUAAUAGCGACUUCAGGUGCAUUCUCUUCAGGCCGGCAGUGUUUUUUUUUGGAUGGACGUGUAAAAGGACUCGAUUGCAUCACACCACGACACGACACGCUAAAGGCGACAGCAGGUGGUGAAGGCUAACAGCGACGCAUGUAUGGAGUGAAGCCUUUGGUUUGGGGAUCCGGAUAGUAUGAAUAGUUUAUCGACCGGCCGCCGCCGCAACGCUAACGACAAACACUUGGCCGGACCCGAUGCGAUAAUUGGCCCGGCACGAUGAGAUGGUUUAAACGAUCGACCGAGUCGCCGAAACUGCUCAGCCUGUCCCCGCUGCGACACUCCGAGUCCGGGAAUGUCUACGGCGGUAAUGAACCGUCCGGGCUGGUGCUCCCGCACGAUCAUGAUCGCCGCACAACGAUCCGGCGCAGAAGUGCGGGCGAUGGGGGUGGAGUUUUCGGGAUGAAUCCCGCCGGUGAGACGGCCGAGGAGUUGCUGGUACCGGCUGUUGGGUUAUCCAACUCCCCGUCCAGUGCUUCCACCACGUCCGGUUCGUCCGGUUCGAGUGGAUCCUCACCGUCGACCACCAACUCGUCCAGCUCCUGCACCUCCAGCAGCUCUCCGUUUUCCUACACCAGUGACAGCAAGUGCAGCAGUGGCAGCAAUGGUGGUGGUGGUGGUGGUGGACAUAAAAUUCUUCAGUCCGGAACUGCCACAACGCCAAGGAAAUCCCGUAUAGAUCUGUCUCCCGUCAACUGGGCAAAGCGCACCGGAUCGUCCGGCAUCAACUGCUACAGCAUCGAGGAAGGGCGGGUUAUCGAGCGUCCGAAAGGUCGUUACAUUUCACCGAUACGCAUCAAAAACAAGCAGCAAGCGAUCGCGAACGCAGCAACAACUGGCAGCAGCACACCGGCUUCCACCGGCCAUACACAUCCAUGCACACCCGCCGCCACGUCGACGACAACGACGACCACACCAGUAUCGCGGCGAAUACUGCAGCGAGCCAGUGCCGAUAAGAGCGCGGAUGUGUCCGUCAGCGGUAUCGCAUCGUCCGGUAGCUCCUCGCUGUACAAGCAACUGAGCCGCUCGAUCGGCAAUAUUGUCGAUACGAUCGAGAGCCGCAGCCCGUCCCUCAGCCAACGGUCGAUACCGUACCGGGAGAAGAAGAAUCCGCUCGGCAGCACGCGGCUGUCCUGCUACCAGCCGAUCAGUCUCGAAACGCGUACGAACGCGACGGAAGCGGACGGUAAGGAGCAGCCCGAUCGGAAGCAUGGUGCCGCAACGGUGGGCGGUGGUAGCAGUGCAACGUUGCGAGUGCAAAAAGUGCGACAUCCGCUCUACAAGUCGGUGGAUGAUUUAAUCUUUCUCGGUUCUACCGGUGACGUUAUCGUACCUGUGACGCCAUCGGACGCACGCGCGCCAUCCAGCAUAGCGUCAGAAGCGGCCGCGACGCAGAUCGACACAGCAGCCGAACUGCAACAAAGCACCCUGCACCGAUUAGCGUCCCUAGCGACGACGACGGCUGAUACGAGACGGAACCACCAACACCAUCUCAAGCGCGCUAUCACCGCCGAUGUGGGCAGCAGUGCUCCGAAUUCCACAGCCCCAACCGAUCGACGCUUAUCAUACCCACAAAGCACGGAACGCUCCACCACACGACCGGUGGCAGCUGAGCGUGACGCAAUUGGGCCGGCGACAGCGGAACAGAGUGGACCGGCUAGCGAACUACCAAAGAACGACGAAGCAACGACGGAGCCAAGCAUGAUCAUGAUGGAUCCGGCCGAUCACGACGAAACGUACGGCUUUGCCCAAAUGCGCACAACGCUCGGCCCGAUCGAGACCGCGUAUCGGUUGCGGUUGGAGGCCCUCAAGCAGGAAACCGCCAACGGUGAACACUCGUCCAACGGCCACUCGUCCACGUUCAAGACGCCAAAGAAGAAGGACAACUUUACCAACAAAAUACGCGCGAUGUCCGAUCGCACGCAGAAGCUCUUCUCGCGCAUCUACUCCACCAACAACGGGGGCGGGGGAGGUACGAGUGUGGCGAAGGGUUACCACCUUUCCGCCACCAAGUCACUGAAGAAGUCCACCGGAAAGCUGUCGGAGGCGAGCCGUCGAAGUGUAAGCUACGGCGCACUGCCCGGGCUGGCCGAUUUCCAGAAGAACGUUUCCAAAGAGCAGCGGGAGGAUGUCUACGAGGAUGUGGAAAAGCAACCGGACGCAGUUCCACCGGGCAAGCAGCAGCAUCCGAUCGACGAUCUCGAUACGGAGCUGCUGGUUAGUGGUGGAACAGUGAUCGCGAUCGGUGGUAGUACCGGCCACACGGAUGCAGAAGAUGGCGAUUCGGGUAUUCUUGUGAACGAAUCCGGUGCGUCCUCCAUCCUCGAGACGGACGAUGUGUUUCACGAGCAGGGUGCCAGAAUACCGAACAUACCGACCAAGGUGCUGAACGGUAGUGGGGCAGAGUCGCAGGAGUUCAAGCUGGUCACUAUACGGUUAGACGAGCCGGUGGAAUUGGUGGCAGAAACGGGCGCAGAGGAUGGAAGUGGUUUGGGUAUUAUCAUCACCCCGAUUGCCACCACGGAGGGUGAGGUCAGCAAUCGCUACAAGGUGGCCCACGUUCUGCCCGGAGGACUUGUUUGCAGGGAAGGUUCGAUUAAACCGAACGAUGAAAUUGUCAACAUCCUCGGGAAGCGACUGCGUGGUUUGUCGAUGCGUCAGGUGCAGGAGUUGCUCAAUAGUUGUGCACGGCGCGGUACUGGCCGCACCAGCAUCGAUCUUGUCAUUUGUCGCAGCAGGGCAAAUGGCAUCGAUCACCAAGACGACGACGAUCACCACCAUCAGCAACAGCAGCAAAGACCACCGUCCGUUAACAGACGGUUGUUCCGCAAUAGCCGCAAAAUAUCGCUCGACUCGUACUUGGAAGACGAACGACCGGAUCACAGUGGAAGCGAGACUGGUUCCGAGCAGGAUACUACCAACUACACGUCGAUUGCUAUCAAAAUCGACGGUAACAAGUACAACACGCUCGGAACUCCCCGACGUUCGAAGCAGCCACUCUCGAUGGUUUACAAGCAGCAACAGCAGUCCCAACAGUCUCAGCCACCUUCCUUAAACACCGUCGUAACCUGCGAUGGUAUCCCCGGCACGGAAGUGGACUCGCAGCCACCGUCGCUCGAUUGCACCAAACGUCGUUCGUUCACCAAAAACGUUACCCCGACGCAACCAUCCAACACGUCCUCGAAAGUCGUCCGCCGAUCGCUUGUGGGCAAACAGUCCAACCAUCUCCCGCAAACUACGCAGCUCGUCACAACUGCCCGCAGUACGAUGAAUCUGUGUGACGACGAAAAGCUGGAACUGCACGCAUCCACCUCCGAUGAUGCGGAAACGAGCAGCGGAACCAGUUCGCUCGAGCUGGACAAAUCUACCGCCAGCAACUUCUGCACCCUGCCGAGACGUCCGAAGUCGUCUGCGCUGUGCUCGUUCCAUACGGUCGCGUUCGAGAAGGGUCCGGGCAAGAAGUCGCUCGGGUUCACCAUUGUAGGAGGCCGUGAUAGUCCACGGGGUGCGCUUGGUAUCUUCAUCAAGAGUAUCCUGCCGACCGGUCAGGCAGCAGAGGACGGUCGAUUGCGGGCCGGUGACGAGGUGCUCGCAGUGAAUGGGCAGGUUUGUCACGAUCUUACCCAUCUGGAGGCGGUGAAGCUGUUCAAGAGCAUCAAAACGGGUGAAAUUGUGCUGCAGCUGUGCCGGCGUAACAAAUCCACCCACCGGUCGAUGGACAUCGAUGCGAAUGCGUGCUGAUGCGAGUGGGAAGAGUUUUUAGCAAGACUUAUUAGCUGGUAGGACAAACCGUGUACGAAGGUGAUUGUACAGCAGAAAACCUUUGUUGCGUUAGGACAGAUCAGGGUUCUACUUAGUAGACUGCGGGUAAGUUAAAGCGCGUGGUGCUGUUAGUACAGUGGGUAGCAGUGUGAAUAUCAUGCACUGGAUCCUGUUUCAUAGCUGGCUAACCACCGACACAAUGGGGAGCAGCAGUGCUGUCUAGUGUGGCGUGUGUAGAGUUAGAACUUUAGUAUGUGGCGUAAGUGAAGGCGUCUAUAUGUAUGUGGUAAUGAAUGUAAUUAAAAUAUGAACAGAAAU